AUGGUGGCGGAUACGUUGAACAUAAAAUCUCUAAGCAUUUCUUGGAUGAUGAUUAAGGAAGAGAAGUUGUUGAGAGAAUUUAAGGACCUUAACUUGGGCAUCAGAGAGGUAACUGGGAAUGUGUGUUUGAACCAGUUGCAUAUCUCCAGUGACUUCAAGGCCGAGACUCAAAAAGCUCAGCAGGAUGACCAGGAGCUGCAAACGAUGCUGCAAGAAAUUGAACAGAGGAAACGAGGAGAGGUUACUCAAGACAGAGAAGGAACUUGGAGAUACAAAGGGAGAAGUUAUGUGCCAAAUGUGGGAGACUUAAGACGAGAAGUGUUGACAGAGACUCACAGGAGUGGAUUCUCGAUUCAUCCUGGAGCUACUAAGAUGUACCAUGAUUUAAAGGCGAUGUUUUGGUGGCUUGGAAUGAAGAAUGACGUGUCGAUGCAUGUGUCUAAGUAUUUGACUUGUCAAAAGGUGAAAAUUGAACAUCAAACGCCAUCUGGCAUGUCGCAACCAUUAGAGAUUUCAUAA